GAUUAGGGUUUGAGCUAAACUUUGCAGGACAGUGGCCCUCCAGGACCAGGAAUGCCAAACACUUUUUGGCUUUGCUUAUUUAUCAGCACAUGGAGCUUUCAGACGCUGCCUCUGCUUUGUGAUAUCAUAAAUCUAAUAACUGUUAAUGCAAAGCCUAAUUAAUAUUAAUAAACUAAUCCCUCACCGUUCUGUGAUGACCAAAAUUCUGAAUAUUUCCUCCCACUGUAUACAGUCCUGUCACACAUAACAGAACAAAAUAAGGUACAACAUUUUUAAUUAUAAUUGCAGUUUAGUUUUAAAUAUACAUUUAUAUAAAAGUAUUAUUUUGUAGUUUAUAGAGUAUGCCAGAUUUUUAUUUCAAUACUAGUAUUGAGUAUUUGACAAAAAAAGCAUAAUUUAAACGUGCCAUAAAGGCUUAAAAAACAUUCCUACACCAUUAAUGUUCUUACUAUUUAUUUUAUCAAAUAAUGCUACUUAACAUCUUUCAGCUAUAGAUAGUAAAGCAUGUGAAGGAAGUAGCAUAAUGGUCUGCAGUUUGUUUAGCUUGUGACACCAAUUUCCUAUUUGUCUGGACUUCUCUGUUUGUACAUGUACUCAUCACAUGCAACCUCUUAUGAACAAAGAGAGAGAGAGAGAGUCCUGCUGCGCCCUCUGCUGGUCAUUGGUCAACUUCCUAAUAAUUGCUAAAUAAAAGAUUCACUAAUGCAUUAUGAGCUUACAAAUGUACAUAACGCAUUUUCACAAUAUUGUAAGUUAGUAAAUUUAGGCUUGAAAAUGAAAACAAGCCAUCUGUGUGGCACAUACACACACAGCAUAUCUGAAUCUGUCCUCUAGAGGGCGCUGUGUUGUGUUGAUCGUGUUGUAGUUUCAUUAUAAUUCGGCUCUUUCUGAUCGGUACACACAUCGUUGGGAUUGGGUGCUCUGGGUCGGUUUGAGUUUUUGGGCUCUCCGCCUGGUCUCCACUGGUUUUCAGCGGGUUUUAUUCUGGUUCAUUUUAAGAGAGAAACGCGACGCUGGAAAGAUCAACGAGGCGUUGUUUUUGUGUCGAUGAUGUUUUGGAUAUGUGUGAAAUGGUGACGGUGUUAAUGUCAAUGGUCAGCGCGGAUCUGUCACUCGUGUAACAGCGGACUCUUUGAACUGUUAAGAUCAGAAUGACUCUGACGUUGACCCCUGCGGCCGUGUGUCAGUGCUUCACUCUUGUGUCGCUGUGCACGUCUAUCGCAGAUCCCAACUGGAUCCAGAUCCAAAAUCGCUCUGAAACGAAUGGCAAACAGCUCAUCUAUGGGGUGUCUUUUACUCUACACGCAUAUCAGAAUCUCACAGACACAGGUCCGCUGGGUGGACUCAAUGGAUGGGGAAUGUGGCUGUUGUAUGCACUAGCAGGUCUUUGUUACCUCGCAGUCCUGUUUUCCAGUUUAUCUUUCCUGCUGGACUUUCUCGGCACAGCUUUCCCUCACCACCGACUGCUGACCUCACUGCAUAUAUCAACAGCAUUUAACUGCCUGGCGGUUCUGGGUGUGUGUGUAACCUGUCUGUGUGUGAUUGAACGAAACCUGCAGCGAGGGAGACACAACCGAUCGGGGAGCAGCCCGUCUGAUGGUCAAAGUAAAGGACUGCAGGUGUCUCCGGGAGAAAGCUUGUACAUUGAGAUAUUAGGCCUGAUCUUCUCUGUUAUGGCCUGCGCUUUUGCCAUCAAGGGUGGACCAGAGCCCAUCACACCCCGUGACUACCUGAGCGUGGACACAGAGGACGAUGACCUGACCGAGCCUUUGAUUGGUGAAGCCGAGCUGGAGGAGUGAAUGGAUGUUAGAGGUUCACUAGAUUUAUGUGCUUAAUGUCUUAUGACAGGAAACAAGUGCAGUGCACAAAGAUGCUGAGAGUCUUCAGGUCUUUAUCUCAGGAGCACAUGGAUCUUUCUGGAAGUGUUGGACAGAGUAAUAGGGCGUACACACCAAAUGCGAAUUCAACGAUUUGCAAGAGUAUAUUACAUGCGACGUCAAUGCAAAGACGCAAAUAGAUGCGAACUUACGCUGGGCAAUGCAAAUGAUGCGAACCGGGGGGCGUGGUUGCCAUGAAAAAUAUUCAACUCAAGCGAAAAAUUUGCAUGACACAAAGUUAAAUCAUGCGAGUAAUGCGAUGCUUCGCGUUUGGUUUGUACGCAGCCCCAGAGAAUGUCAAAUUACAUUUUAACUGAAAUGAGAUGAAGAGGAGUUUACACCAAACUAGCUGCAUUUCCAUUGCAGAUUUGCGCAAAACUUUAGCAUUAUUUUUUAAAUGUCUACAAAAAACUUUUGCGAAAUGACAGCAUUUCCAUUAACCCUCGUGUGGUGUUCAUAUUUCUGUUACUUAGACAAUGUUUGUGGGUCUAGUGGACCCACUGCAUUAUUUGUAUCUUAAAACAAUGCAGUCAUACAAAUUUAUGUAUAAUUGUUUACAGAUGUUUACUUUAGCCUUAUUGCAAGUAAAAUAAACAGAAUAUAUGGUUAAUAUUUGUCAUUUACCACUAGUAGAGGACUAUUUAUAGAUUCAAGUGCUAUUCGUUUUUGUGAUAAUAUGAAAUAAGAGAAGAAAAUUCUAUUCUCCCCCAGAUAUUGGGGAAAAACAUGUUUAUCUUAAAUAAGUAUUUAUCACUUUUUCAUCUCAAAUACGUUUUUCAUCACUUUGAUGUUUAAUUCUUUGAACUAAGUUUGAAAUUGUAUGCAUUUGUGUCAGUUUACAUAGCACAAGCCCCAUCUGGAAAGAUGCCUUAUCAGAACACAUCAUCCACAUUGAACACAUAACCUGUUCAUGCCAGCCUACACAACACAUAAGAAGCAAAUUUUUACCAUGUAGCUGUGUUGCAUAUGCAUUUCUUGUUUUUUAUAGACAUAUACUGUGUGUUCCUCUCCAUCUUAUGUCCACACACACUGCAGUACAAUGUGUUGCUAUUGGCUACAACCUAAAAUGAUAAAAAUGCUUGGAUAUAAUUUUUACUUUCUCUAUUUCUACUUCUCUAUUUACUUUCUCUCUCUCCGCACUCAUACGCACACACACACGUGCGCGCGCACACCAUAGGUUUUGUGGUAAACCCAUGGUUUUACAAAUGGUAAUCAAUACACCAAUUUACCAUGAUUACUACACUUUUACUAUAAUACAACCAUUCUUAUUUUUUGUAAGGGAGAUAACGAGAAAAUGUAGAAUGGUUCAUGUUAGACAGAAGGUAAAGUGUUUGGGACAGUGGGGGCAGACAAGUGUUCAUGCUUGAUAUAUAACAUCAUGUAUCCUUGCGCUGUUACAGCAAGUGCAGAAGGACAAAACUCUGACAUGCAUCCAUCAUCUAUGUACAGACAUAUAUAAAAACACACUCAUGCACUCACAUCAGUCCCAGAUAGAAGAAAAAAAGAGUGAAGUUACAUAGCACAUUCAAUUUUUACACUCUUAUUAACCCCGGGUCCAGUGGACCCGAACACUACAUAUGUAAUAUAAAUGUGUAGGGGGGGUGUACAGUGUACAGUCAUUAUAAAGCUGUUUAUUUCUAUGUUCUUUAUAGAAAAUGAGCCAAGGCCAAUGAAUCUGAGGUUGAAACAAUAAUUAAUUGCAUAAUUUUUCUUUUGUUAAACAUUAAAAACGGGUCCAACAGACCCAUCGAUGAUAUGCGACUAAACGUAGUUUUUUCUUUUACAAUACGUCAUUCCAAACAUCACAUCGACUGAUGUUGGUAUGUUUACUAAUAAUAAUGUCUUUAGUUUGUCAUGUGUGUGGUUUUGUGAACGUGAGCGUCUCUUUUAUCAUAAACAGUUUUGACACGUGUGUAGCAGGCACUUAUUUUGACAAAAACACGUGAUGCACAUGGUUCAAAUGACGCAACAAACACAUAUUUUGAAAACACGAGCAACACACAUAUCACACGAACACAUAUUUUGAAUUUGCGCCCCUCGGAAGCCGCCAGUGGCAGACACGUAUUGAGUUGUUUCUGUGAGGUUUCAUACUUACUGCGUCAUCUUCAAAUAAUAAUGAUGUGACUGAAAUUGCGAAUAAACUGUUGCCAUUGUUGUUUUGCGAAAUACACCUUUUCUGAAUUGCCUGAAAAACCACCUCAUGUGAGCUUAAAAACUUUUUUGCAAUAUAUUGGAGGGGGUUUUUUUUGCAAAAUUUACGUGUUUCCAUUAGCUGUAUUUUCAAUUAGCAAUGUCAAUUUGUGGAAAAAAUGACAUCAGUAAAUUUGCCUACUCGGAUGUAUUUACAAAACUAGUUUCUCUAAACUAAGUUACAAUACUGGGCAAAGUCACGCAACCUGUGAUAUGAGCGUUUCUGUACUUCUCACAUUUUGUGAAUCUGCUUUAUGUUGACUUUGAGGUGAAGUAUGUUUGUUAUUUUGCAAAUACAAAUUUCUGUCUGUGACUUUGACAAAUAUCGCUGAUUGUAAUUAAAAAUAACUGAAUGUUCUGGAAAUAAUUCACAGCAGAUGUAUACAUGUCUUUCAGUGUAUGAAUUUGCAUGAAUGUCUUUGAAUGUCAUUCAGGUUUAGUUUCCUCAAAUCUGAAUUAUAACAUGUUUCGUUUUAGAAAGUGAUUAAAUUUUUAUUUCUAAAAACUC